AUGUCUUUUCUGGGCGGUGCCGAGUGUUCAACUGCGGGCAACCCGCUUACUCAAUUCAAAAACCAUGUUCAGAGUGACAAUACCCUCCAGCGCGACCGCCUUGUCGGCCGGGGCCAGGGUGGGCUCGAAGAGAGCAUGCGCUCUCGAAUGACCCCGAAUGGCUCUGAUCAGAUGAUGAACGACUUCAUGCAACAAUCUGGAAUGCCCCAGCCCUUCGCCAUGGAACAACUGCGACACGACCUCCCCAAUCUUCAAGGAAUAACGAGGCGAUCACCCUCCCCCGGCUGGGCCGCAGAGUUUGACCCAGGUGACCAAGCGAGGAUGGAGGCUGCUUUUGCGAACCCCAGGCUUGCUGGACCGAGUCAACCUAGAUUUUCGCCACAGGAAUUUGCCCGCUUCCAACAAGUCCAGGUACCACGAACCGCAAGCCCGAUCAUACAAAGCCCAUCCAUGAUGAACAGCUAUCAGAGCCCAAUGGGCAUGGGAUACAUGGGGGGAAUGAAUCUCGGGAUGAAUUUCGGAUCAUUACACAUGCAACAGCCUGAACAGAGCACAGACAAGGGGAAAGGUCGGAUGGUUGAACUUGACGAUGCCAACUGGGAGGCCCAAUUUAAAGAGCUGGAGUCACAGCACGAUAACCUCUCAGAACAGGCCAACGAGGCAAUCCACAGAGAACUGGAGGAAAUUGACAGGUCAGUGGUAUCUCCCGCAGACGGAUUUGAGGAUUUCGAGAGAGUAUGGCAUGGAGUCCAAGCUGAACAUGCAUCCAGAGAAAUGGCCGAAGACUUUGCCAAAGACGAGCCUUUUACUGCCGAGGAUCUUGCUGCUUGGGAGAAUUUUGAUUCCACAAUGGGACUGAAUACGCAUCAUCCCUUCGAACGAGAGCCGAUGCUCGGAGAUUAUAUGUUUGAAUCACAGAAUCCCUACCUAGAAAACAAUCACGUGUCGAGGUCAGCAUUCGAACAAGGAAAAGAGAUUCUUGACGCCCACGGCAACCUUUCACUUGCAGCCUUGGCAUUUGAGGCUGCGGUGCAACAAGACCCCAACCAUGUCGAAGCAUGGGUCUUGCUGGGAGCUGCUCAGGCCCAAAACGAGAAGGAGUCGCCGGCAAUCCGUGCUCUGGAGAAAGCACUAGAGCUUGACCCCAACAAUCUGGACGCUCUCAUGGCCUUGGCUGUUUCCUACACCAACGAAGGAUAUGACAGUACGGCCUACAGAACACUAGAACGUUGGUUAAGCGUCAAAUACCCUCACAUUCACCCAUCCGAGAAUUUAUCGAAUCCUGCCGAACAUGGCUUCACCGACCGAGCGAUUCUACACGAACACGUUGUAGACCUUUUUAUCAAGGCUGCUCAAUUGUCACCUUCGGGAGAACAAAUGGACCCCGACGUGCAAGUUGGACUAGGCGUUCUGUUUUACGGCAAUGAGGAAUUUGAAAAGGCCGUGGAUUGCUUCAAGGCUGCUCUUGCGUCAACAGAGAGCGGGAUCGCCAACCGAGAACGCGAAGUGCAUUUGUUGUGGAAUCGGCUAGGCGCGACACUGGCCAAUUCUGGACGGUCUGAGGACGCGAUAACUGCAUACUGCAAAGCGCUGGAGGUCAAUCCCAAUUUCGUUCGGGCGCGAUAUAAUCUGGGCGUUUCUUGCAUCAACAUUGGCUGCUAUCCCGAGGCAGCUGGGCAUUUACUGGGGGCUUUAAAUCUCCACCGAGCUGUGAGCGAGCAGGGCCUAGACAAAGCCAGGGAAAUAGUUGGCGACGGUAACGGGGGCAUUUCAGAUGCCGAGUUGGAAAGGAUGAUACAUCAAAACGAGAGCACAAAUCUAUACGACACUCUGAGAAGAGCAUUUACUGGCAUGGGAAGACGGGAUCUGACUGAAAGGGUUGGGGUCGGCAUGACCUUGGACCACUUCAGAGGCGAGUUUGACUUCUGA